AAUUUAAAAAUGUUUUUCUCUAGUAUUUGCAAAAUUUUGUUUGUGUUUUCUAUAAUUUCUAUAUUAAAAUCUGAAGCGGAAAGAAGAAAUCCCAAGUAUAAUGUGGUAGUUGUAGUAUUUGAUGAUUUGCGGCCAGCAAUAGGAGCUUAUGGCGAUAGAUUAGCACAUACGCCACACAUAGAUGCCUUUAUAAAUGGUAGUUAUUACUUUACACGAGCCUACAGUCAGCAAGCACUUUGUGCUCCAAGUCGUAACUCAUUUCUGUCUAGUCGUCGACCAGAUACUUUACAUCUUUACGAUUUCUACAGCUACUGGCGUACGUUUAGUGGAAAUUUUACAACAUUACCACAAUAUUUUAAAAACCAUGGCUAUUAUACAUAUGCAGCUGGCAAAAUCUUUCAUCCUGGGGUUUCAUCCAAUAAUAGUGAUGAUUAUCCUCUUAGCUGGUCAGAGAAACCAUUUCGCCCAAAAACCGAAAAAUUCAUGAACUCUCCUGUGUGUCCGGAUAAGUUGGGUGUUUUGCGCAAAAAUCUCAUCUGUCCAGUACAUUUGCAAACACAGCCUUUUAAAACUUUGCCCGAUAUAGAGUCAGUAGCGGAAGCCAUAAGAUUUGUACAAAAUCGUAAGAAAAGUCGUAGACCUUAUUUCUUCGCUUUGGGUUUUCACAAGCCACACAUCAAUUUUCGUUUUCCUCGUCAAUUUUUACAUAAAUUUCCUUUGCAUAAGUUCUACAACUAUACCUCGGAUACUUAUAAACCACAUGAUAUGCCCAACGUUGCUUGGAAUCCCUACACGGAUGUUCGUUCCAGAGAUGAUUUUAAACACAUGAAUAUAUCAUUUCCCUAUGGUCCGAUUUCCCAACUGCAAAGUGCUCAAAUACGCCAGGCUUAUUAUGCCUCUGUGGCUUAUGUCGAUGAUUUGUUUGGUAAAUUUAUAACUCACAUUGACUUGGAGCGAACGAUUGUUGUGGUAACUAGCGAUCAUGGUUGGUCUUUGGGUGAACAUGCAGAAUGGGCCAAAUAUAGCAAUUUCGAGGUAGCAUUAAGGGUGCCCCUAAUUAUACGCAGCCCAGAAUUUCCCCUAACAACUGCAGGAAAACGUUUAAAUACUAUUGCUGAAUUAGUAGACAUAUUUCCCACCCUAGUGGAUCUGACCCAUUUGCCCAGCAUGCCUAAGUGUGAUUACUCAAAGCCUAUGAACGAGCAAUUGUUUUGCACUGAAGGCAAAAGCCUACAACCCUUAUUUCACGGAAUUGGUCUAGGACAAGAAUAUUUUGCUCUUAGUCAAUAUCCUAGACCUGGUAUGCAACCGACAAAGCAUCCCAACAGUGAUAAGCCAAAACUAAAGAAUAUUAAAAUAAUGGGUUACUCGCUACGUACAAAUCAUUAUCGUUACACAUUAUGGGUACAAUUUUAUCCACAUAAUUUUACACGUGAUUUUUCCAAUAUAUUUGGAGAAGAAAUGUAUGAUCAUCGUUUGGAUGCCGCCGAAGAAAUCAAUUUGGUCGACUGGCCUGAAUUUGACGAUAUACGUCUAUGGUUAAGAGAUAAAUUAAUAAAAGCGUUUAACAAAUAAACUGAA